UUCAGUGUUGAAGUAUAAACGAAACAACGAAGUACUGAAAAUGAAAGUGAAUUACACAAAAAAAAUAUUCAAAUAAGUAUUGCAUAAAAAUAAUUUGUGGCCUUAAUUUGCUUAUUUACGUAUACAACGGAAAUUAAGAAAAAUGAAUUAUACUUCGACAUUUGUUCUACUUUUGAUUUGCUUGAGUUUUUUGUUUAUUAUCGCUCCCCGGCAAAUUGAUGCAGAGCCACGGGUUGGCAGUGGAAUUUUGUCAACUAUUCGCUCCGCUCAAGGUAUACCACCGGAAUCGCUUGUACCUCGCAGACGUGUAAAACGUAUCAAAAGAAAUGGCUUCGAUCUUGCUCCAGAUCACGGAGAUGAAUUCAUAAACCCAACCCAACGCACUAAAGAACGUUUUCCCGUAUGGGAUGAUGCAAAUGGAGAGCCACCAUUGAAUUAAAUAUUAAGUUUAUUUACAUAAAUACAUAUUUACAGCUAUUUUCACGAAAGCAAUUUAAGUGAAAUAUUAUUUUAAUUUUUUGGAUCUAAUAGGCAAAUUGACAGUAAAUAAAAAAUUAUUUUAAAUUUAAAUUGCUGGUGAAACCGGCGGUUAGUGCAAGAGAAA